ACUGUAGUUUUUCUCUGAUCUUUCUCCGGUUACUUGGGUCGCCCCAGCUGGCUGGGCUGGAUGGGGCUGUAGAGGAAGUGGAGUUUGGCUUUGCGUUGAGAGGAAAGUGGGCAGAGCCGCUGAGGGAUAUGAUCGCAGGCAGAGGCGGAGAGGAGGACAGACACAGCAGAGGAGCGAGGCGCGAAGGACGGCCAGGAUGAAGAGAGCGACGGAGCGGCCGAAAGACCCACGAAAACGGCGAAAAUCGCCCCUAAAUGCGACGGUGGCGGUGGCAGACGACGGGGGGUAGCCCUGGCCGAUGAAAUGGCGACUCCCUUCAAGGUUUUGCAGAAAGUGCCAAAGAAAGAUCUUUACAAGGAUGUAGAAUGGUUAGCUGCCACGAAUUGAAGAACUUGUGGAAUUCAUUCUGCAAUGGAAAUCUCAGAGACACGGGGGACUGGUGAGAAGAUGUUCCAAUUCUGAAGCGAAAGAAGACAACUCUACCCCAAUCAACUGGAUAUUGCUGCAGUGGAGACAGCGUUGUUUAACGCGAAGAUGGCAAGCGAUUUGGCCGUUAGCCAAAUAUUGUCACGAUGAAACCCUUUUUCUAACUGGACUUUGUCGCUGGAUUUGUUUUUUGUUUUUUAUAUAUUUCUUUUUAUACCGCAACAUGGACAGUGGAUCGCCGAUACUCGCUGAGAAAAUCAGCCUUUGUACGUUUUAACAUUCAAAUGUUGUUUUAAAUAAAGUGUCCUCGUAUGUAUAUACUUCACUGGCCUUGUUUCAUUAGCUGAACACUUGGGAGAAUGAAAAGUUUGUCUGGCAUGUUUUGAUCUUGAAUUUGCAUAUCACGCAGAUUAAGGUGUUUUAAAUGGAUUUAAGAUGGUUCCCUACUUUUUGUGUCCAAUGAUGGUGGGAUUAUCAUGACUAGGUUUGAUAUUUUAUCAAUAAAUGAUUCGUAAUUAUGGCGUAUAUUUUCUACGGGUAAUCAUUAAUUAAUAAACCAGUAUAAUAAAUCAGAAUGCUUUGUUCUGAACUCAAAUGGUUUCCAAAGCACAGCCUUAAUGCCUUUAUAAAAAUGGCUACUGGUUGUCCUUCUUCCUGCCAGAGCAGGAAGUGAUGUAACUGCUGCAAAGUAUAUAGUUUUUACAUUCUAUCAUAACCUUUGGGUAAUUGUGGAAAAAACGUUUCACUUUGGGGCUUGCUUGCUAAGAUGUAAACCAUUCGUGAGUUUAUAUAAAGUACAUUAAAACAUAAUAAAAGGGGUGGGACUUAGACAUCACCUGAGUGUGGGGUAAAUGGAAAUAACGUCAAUCAAAGGCAAAGCUUUCAGAGCAGGGAAGGAGCUCUAGAUGGCGGCUGAGCCUUGGGAAGGCUGCCCUGGGUUUUUGUCGGACCGAUUCUGUAGCUCGUCUUCGACCAGCGCGGCUUGUUUCCGUUUAAAACCGUAGUCUUUGUAAACGCGGUGGCUUUUUAGGUUUUUUUUUGUGCGUUUUGUGUCUUUCUGGGGCUGUUUUUUGAGCGCUGGAGAAGCCGUCUGUGCUGGCCGUGUGCUUGUCGUUGUUUUCCAUACUGGGCUCCGGCAGCCAUGGCGCGACUCCAUUUUUACUGUGCUGCUGCUCCUCGCCUCUGUCGCCCUGUCGGGCACUGCAGACCUCUAAAGGCCUGAAAGCUUUUCGAAACAAACUCGUUAUUUGUAAAGUUAUAGUUUUUUACGGGUUAUUUUUUUUUUAUCCGAGUCGGAUAAAUAUUUAAACCGCGACGAGGCAAAAAAAAAAGAAAAUUAAAAAACGGAAUACAUGUCUCGUUGGUUAGGACCUUUUCUCACAUCGAUUUGAUUUGUUUACAUUUUGUAAGGACUAAUUUACCGAUUUUCUUGCCUGUAAAUAUUCUUUUUGGAAUGCUUCAUGCGAUGACGCAGUUAAAAUUCACGGCAUGCGGCUGUAUCUGAAUUUUUUUUUUUCAAGGAUACACGCUUAAGAUUUGACUUAUUGUAACGAUACCCACCAUCAUUGUUGGCUUCAUUUUAAUUCAGCGAUUUAAAUUAUGAUUUUCAAAUCCAUCGAUUUCUUAUUUUCUCUCGUGUCGCACCGUCUGGGUUUUAUCUGCCACCUGAGAAGGAGCAAUCCGAUGGGACUUGCACGAUAGUUCGUGGUCCCUUCAACUUUUUUGACAGUAAAUACCAGGACAAAUCAUCACCUCGUCCAGAUUUCAGGAUACUACCAUGAUGAAGAAUAAGAAUAAAAAACAAGAGGACGAAGGAUCUACUCAGAGCAACGCUUCAAGCAACUCUGCAUCAGAGGAGUCCAACCGCUCCGCCUCAGAGUCGGGAAGCCAGUCAGAAAGCGAGCAUGGCAGCGCGAGGCGGCGGUCGCACAACUCCGAGUCAAACAGCUCAUCUGAGUCGGAGAGCCGCUCCGAGUCGGAGAGCGAGUCCGCCGAGUCCAAGUCGCAGCAGGCCAGCUCAGAGGCCAAAGACAAGCCAGUCAGGAAGAAGGAGCGACUGGCUGAUGUGAAGAAGAUGUGGGAAGAACACCCAGAUGUGUACGGCGUCAGGAGGUCCAAUCGCAGCAGACAGGAGCCGGCGCGUCUCAACAUCGGAGCUGAGGGCAGCAGUGACUCUGAGAGCGAGAGCCCUAAAAGAAAAUCUCCCCGAACGAAGAAAAGGGAAAAUAUCUGGAAAGAUGAUGACUCAAUUGAUGAAGAGGAGGAGGAGGAGGAGACAUCCGACAGUUCAGACAGUGAGCAGGAAGAGAAAAAAGUUAGAUCCAGACGACUUCCUGCUAGAAGGCCUCAGACCAAAUCCUCGAAAAAGCAGCAGUCUCAGAAAGGAAGGAAGUCUAGAAAACAGGAAUCUUCAGCUGAGGAUGAUGACGACGAUGGCGAUGAAGACGACGAUGAUGAUGACGACGACGACGAUGAAGACACUCCAAAGAGACAGACUCGAAGAAGAGGGGCGACGAAAAUUAAAAGCUAUAAAGAAGAUCAACAUGACUUUGAAACGGACUCCGAUGACCUGAUCGAAAUGACCGGAGACGCUUGCGAGGAGCAGCAGGACGACGACAGCGAGACCAUCGAGAAGGUUGUGGAUUGCAGGACCGGGAGGAAAGGAGCCACGGGAGCGUCCACCACCGUGUACACCGUGGAGGAAAACGGGGACCCGAGUGAAGGUUUUGAUCCCGAGAAAGAGGAAGGAGAGAUUCAGUAUCUGAUAAAGUGGAAGGGCUGGUCGUACAUCCACAACACGUGGGAGAGCAUCGACUCGCUAACGCAGCAGAAGGUCAAGGGGCUGAAAAAGCUGGACAACUUUAAGAAGAAAAAUGACGAGCUGAAUGCUUGGUUAAACAAAGCGUCUCCCGAGGAUGUGGAGUUUCAUAACUGCCAGCAGGAGCUCACAUCCGACCUGACGAAGCAGUUUCAGAUUGUGGAGCGAAUCAUCGCGACAAAAACCGGCAAGACGCCAGGGUCCUCAGAUUUUCCCUCCCACAGCCACAAGACCCCCGCCUCGAACGAACCCGAGUACCUGUGCAAGUGGAUGGGUUUGCCGUACUCCGAGUGCAGCUGGGAGGACGGCGCCCUGGUCAAGAAGAAGUUUCAGCACUGCAUCGACGGCUUCAUGAGCCGAAACUCCAGUAAAACCAUCCCCUCCAAAGACUGCAAGGUAUUGAAGCAAAGGCCGAGGUUUGUCGCCUUGAAGAAACAGCCGUCGUACAUCGGUGACGAGAACCUCCAGCUGAGAGAUUACCAGCUGGACGGGUUGAACUGGCUCGCUCACUCCUGGUGCAGGUGCAACAGCGUUAUCCUGGCUGAUGAGAUGGGCCUGGGGAAGACCAUCCAGACCAUCUCCUUCCUCUCCUACCUGUUCCACCAGCACCUGCUCUACGGGCCCUUCCUGGUGGUGGUGCCUCUGUCCACGCUGACCUCCUGGCAGAGGGAGUUUGACACCUGGGCCCCGGACAUGAACGUGGUCGUCUACCUGGGGGACGUCAUGAGCAGGAAAACGAUCCGCGACUACGAGUGGGUGAACCAUCAAACCAAGCGGAUCCGCUUCAACGCUCUGCUGACCACGUAUGAGAUCCUGCUCAAAGACAAGGGCGUCCUCGGGAAUAUUAACUGGGCCUUUUUGGGCGUGGAUGAAGCUCACAGGCUGAAGAAUGACGACUCCCUGCUCUACAAAUCUCUAAUGGAGUUCAGGUCUAACCAUCGGCUCCUCAUUACCGGCACCCCGCUGCAGAACUCCCUCAAAGAGCUCUGGUCCCUGUUGCACUUCCUCAUGCCCGACAAGUUUGACUCCUGGGAGGACUUUGAGGACGACCACGGGAAAGGAAGGGACAACGGUUAUCAGAGUCUUCACAAAGUCCUCGAGCCUUUCCUGCUGCGAAGGGUCAAGAAGGACGUGGAGAAGUCUCUGCCUGCCAAGGUGGAGCAAAUCCUUCGCGUUGACAUGUCCGCGCAGCAGAAACAGUUCUAUAAGUGGAUUUUAACCAGAAAUUACAAAGCCCUUUCCAAAGGCACCCGCGGCAGCUCCAGUGGCUUCCUAAACAUCAUGAUGGAGCUGAAAAAGUGCUGCAACCACAGUUUCCUCAUUAAGCAGCCCGAGGAGGGAGAUGGUGAAACGCAGCUGGAGAGCCUGCAGGCUUUAGUGAGGGGCAGCGGGAAGCUGGUCCUAAUGGACAAGCUGCUGACCCGACUCCGCGAACGAGGCAACAGAGUCCUGAUCUUCUCCCAGAUGGUCAGGAUGUUGGACAUCUUGGCCGAAUAUCUCACAAAGAAGCGAUACCCCUUUCAGCGGCUGGACGGUUCCAUAAAGGGAGAGAUCCGAAAGCAAGCACUCGACCACUUUAAUGCAGAAGGCUCAGAGGACUUCUGCUUUCUGUUAUCCACCAGAGCUGGAGGCUUGGGUAUUAAUCUGGCCUCGGCAGACACCGUCGUCAUAUUCGACUCAGACUGGAACCCUCAGAACGACCUGCAGGCCCAGGCCAGGGCCCACAGGAUCGGACAGAAGAAGCAGGUGAAUAUAUAUCGGCUGGUCACCAAAGGGACGGUGGAGGAGGACAUCAUCGAGAGGGCAAAGAAGAAGAUGGUUUUGGACCAUCUGGUCAUUCAGAGAAUGGACACCACAGGCCGAACGGUUCUGGACAACAGCUCAGGAAACUCAAAUUCAAACCCUUUUAAUAAAGAAGAACUGACAGCUAUUCUCAAAUUUGGCGCCGAGGAGCUGUUCAAAGAGGCAGAGGGGGAGGAAUCCGAACCGCAGGAGAUGGAUAUCGACGAGAUCUUGCGGUUGGCUGAAACAAGAGAGACCGACCAAGGCUCCAGCGCUACAGAUGAGCUUCUAUCACAGUUUAAGGUCGCCAACUUCUCCAGUAUGGAAGAGACCACCUCGGAGUUUGAGGAGAAGCCCGUGCGGGAAUGGGACGACAUCAUUCCCGAGGAGCAGCGGCGCAAAAUCGAAGAGGAGGAGAAGCAGAGGGAGAUGGAGGACAUCUUCAUGCUGCCCAGGAGCAGGAGCUCCAACAAGAGGGCUCAAGCCAAUGACAGCGACAGCGACGUGGGCUCUAAGCUGAAGCAGCGCUCGUCGGGCUCAGACAGCGAGACGGACGACAGCGACGACGACAAGAAGCCGAAGAAAAGAGGCAGACCCCGAGCUCGCAAAAACAACGUGGAGGGUUUCACCGACGCAGAAAUCCGCAGGUUCAUUAAGGCAUACAAGAAGUUCGGAGCUCCGCUGGAAAGGCUGGAAGCGAUCGCCCGAGACUCGGAGCUGGUGGACAAAUCCAUCGCAGACCUGAAGAGGCUGGGCGAGCUGAUUCACUCCAGCUGUGUGACAGCUGUGCAGGAACACGAGGAACAGCUCAAAGAGAACCCAGUCGAAGCCAAAGGGCCCGGGAAACGCAGAGGAAUCAACAUUAAGAUUUCAGGAGUUCAGGUCAACGCCAAGUCCAUCAUCCAGCACGAGGACGAGUUUGAGCCGCUUCACAAAGCCGUGCCCUCCAACCCCGCUGAGAGGAAUAAGUUCAAGCUGACAUGCAGGGUGAAAGUUGCCCACUUUGACGUGGAGUGGGAGCUGCAGGAUGACACCCAGCUCCUGCUCGGCAUCUACGAGCACGGCUUUGGGAACUGGGAUCUGAUGAAGACGGAUCCCGACCUCCAGCUGGCUGAUAAGAUUCUUCCCGACGACCCGAACAAGAAGCCUCAGGGCAAGCAGUUGCAGGCGAGAGCGGAGUAUCUGAUUAAGCUGCUUAAAAAAGAGCAGGACAGCGCUCUUCUGUCUAAAACAGGAGACGAGGUUAAAGUGAGGAAGAGGAAGCCCCGAGCGAAGAAGGAGCCCAAGGUUCUCAAAGACGAGCAGGGGAACGAGAUCUCGUCCCCCCGGCUGUCCGACAACCCGUCAGAGGAAGGAGAGGUUAAGGAAGAGGGAGCGGAGAAGUCGCCGGGGAAGAAGAGGCAAAAGAAAAAAGACAACAAGGAGAACAAAGAAAAACAGGGAACGCCUAAAAAAGAGAAGGACGGCGACAAGGAGAAGAAGGCCGCCAAGCCCAGAAAGGAGAAGGCUAAAGGAGCCAAAGGAAAGAAAACCCAAGGCCCGGUUCACAUCACAGCCGGCUCUGAGCCCGUUCCCAUCGAAGGAAAGGAGGACGACGAGCUCGACCAGGAAACCUUUAGUAUUUGUAAGGAGCGCAUGAGGCCGGUGAAAAAGGCCCUCAAGCAGCUGGACAAACCCGACGAAGGUCUGUCCGACCAGGAGCAGCUGCAGCACACGCGCAUCUGCCUGCUGAAGAUCGGAGACCGGAUCACAGAGUGCCUUAAAGCGUACAGCGACCCUGAGCACGUCAAGAUAUGGCGCAGGAAUCUCUGGAUUUUUGUGUCAAAGUUUACAGAGUUCACUGCCAGAAAGCUCCACAAGCUUUACAAAAUGGCCCAGAAGAAGCGGUCGCACGACGAGGAGAAGGAGCACAAGAAGAAGGAAGAUCCCUCGGGGAGGAUAAAGUCCUUCAGACCCGAACCUUCGAGUUCCAGCAGAGACUCCACGGGUACUCCGUCCUCCAAAUCCUCAUCCCUGCCGAGUCAGUCGGGACCCCACGGACACCACAGGGAACCGUACAACGCGGCUAACAAGCGGCACUUUGGCAACAACGAUAGAGGAGACUGGCCGAGGGACCGGAAAUACGGCUACCAAGGAAACAGCAGCCAGCCUUGGCAGGGAGACCGCCACCAUCCCUACGACCGCUACAAGGAUCACUACGGCGAUCGACGCCCGCACGGAGACACGUAUCGAAGCUCGGGCGGCUACCGGAACAACACCUCUCCUCGGAAAAGGCCGUAUGAGCCGUACGGCAACGACAGGGACCACAGGGGACAUCGGCCCUAUUAUGACAGACACCCGGACCCCAAACGAAGACGUCCUGACGAGUUCCACCCCAGCUACCACCAGGGAAGGGACGGCCCCCCUCAGGACUUCCGGAGGAUGCCGGACCACAGGCCGCAAGGUGCGCCCGGGCCGGAGCAUUACAACCGCUCCUUCCACCCCGACAAACCCACCCCGCUGCUGGACCCCCGCUCUCCGCAGGCUCAGAAGUCUCCGCAGGACUCCCGCUCCCCGCUGGAGCGCCCGGCGGACCCCGGCGUCGCGGCGGACCCAAACUGGAACAGCAGGAAGACAUAAAGCCCUCAGGACCUGAUCUGAACCUUUUGCUCCAGGGUCGAAGCGCACGCUGCUGCUGCUGACGGACGAACGAACGCGGAAAGUCCGCGUUUCUAAGCCGACUGUUAAAAAGGGAACCAACGCGUAACUUUCUUUACCAGCAAACUUUCUCCCCCCUGUGUUUGUGAAGGUCAGAUGGAAAGAAAGAAGGAAAGAAACUAAACUGUGCAUCUUUAUUUAAAAUAAACCGCCUCCUCAGUUGAUCGUGACGAGGCUGAGUGGAUUGACUCUGGCAGCUUUAGUCCCAUGGACUAUCAGGAGGAACAUUUGGAUCCAUGAACUGAAGAAUGAUCUCAAUCCUAAAAGUGCCUGAAAGUGUUGGCCUUCCGAAGGGUAAAUGUAUGGGAUUAUUCCCGGAGCACCAAUGGACAACGUUUUUUUUUUUUUUUCUUCUUUAUGCUUAAAGUAUUGCAAAAAGAUGUCAUCAGAAAGUGAUUGUGUUAAUCUUUUGCACCUUGGAAACAUGUUGACCAUGUAGCUGAAGAGAAUCUUGGGAGUUUUCACUGGGCGGAUGAAGAGGAUUUCAUCUGACGUUGCUGGAAAAGUUGAUCAAACAAGCCAGCGUCACUCAAGAGAACAUUUGAAAUGUUUUUUUUUUGUUUUGUUUUUUUUAAAUCGGAUCCAUAUUUUUCAUGUGUACAUGUAUCCAAGUCACUGCAACCCCUCUGCGCUGUUCACUUUAACUACUUUUCUCGCCAACAUUGAAGCUAUCGAUGCAGUAUUUGACUUUUUCAGAGGUUCAUAACACUAUAAAUCCAAGCAAUUCUUAAUUACACCUUGCAGUAUUGUGAUGGUUUAGAAAUGAAACUUUUUCUGUAAGCAAUCGGCGCCAGAAACCCUUCCUCUCCCAAUCAGAUGUGACGUUCCUGCUCACAGAUGGUAGUGCAAUGCCGUUGUCAUUAAUCUCGUUACCCCUCCUGUGCCAAAUCUGCUUUCAUCCCACCUUUUUUUAUUCUUUCAGCUUCCUUAAGCCCUUAUUUUUUUUUUUCUGUUUGCAGAAUCAAACUGCUGAUUGGUUCAUGAAACAGCGCCGCACCCAGAUAUAUAAUAAAUCGAUUAAAAACUCAAAGGAGAACACAUUCUGGGAAUUCCUGCAGAUUUCUACUGGAACGGAUGAUUGUAGAGGGGAAAUUGUAGAAACCGUAAUAUAAAGUGUUUUUUUGUUUUUUUUGUUUCUGUUUUCUGGGGCACUUACAGUCAGCUUCUUACAGUGAACAACCAGCUCUUGUUUUUCUUCCACUUAAAGCAAACUACAGUUCCUGUAUUAUAUGUUCUGUAAGAAAGUCUAAAUAAUUUAUAUUUGUGACAAAACCACUCUUCAUGAAAUGUGCUGUACAUAUGUUCUGACAUAUGUAAUAAACUUUGUUACACAACA